AAUACAGGAGAGACAGCCCACGCACUUACAAAGAUUAGUCCAACAGAUAUCUGGAGCCAUUCAAAUAGCCAAGGACGUUUCCCUCUACAUUUAAUACUGGUGCAUAAAUGGGUUGGUAUAAUCCGACUAUGGCACUCUCAAAACCACCAUUGCUAGUUCCAUCCAACUCGUGGGUUUUGAGGGGUAAGAAGGUAAUUGAAUGUAGAAGAAAUUACCCAUUGAUUGGAAGGAAGAAGGAAAAUUUAGUGGGUGUACAUUUUGUGGGUUGUAAGGGAAUGCUCAGACUGAAGGUUUCGGCAUCUUCAGGAGAAGGAGAAGAAGCCGAGCCAGGGCAUAUAGAGGAAUUCAGUUGGUCUUCUGUUAUUUUGCCUUUUAUCUUCCCAGCCCUAGGCGGUUUAUUAUUUGGCUAUGAUAUUGGUGCCACCUCAGGUGCUACCAUCUCAUUGCAGUCGCCUGAGCUUAGUGGAAUGAGUUGGUACAACCUCUCAGCUGUUCAGCUUGGUCUUGUGGUCAGCGGUUCCCUUUAUGGGGCUCUUAUUGGCUCCAUACUCGCCUACCCAUUUGCUGAUUUCCUAGGAAGGAGGAGGGAACUGAUCAUAGCAGCCAUUUUAUAUUUGGCUGGCGGUUCACUAACUGCCUGUGCUCCAGGACUAGGGGCACUCUUGUUGGGUCGGCUUGUUUAUGGACUAGGAAUUGGCUUGGCAAUGCAUGGAGCACCUCUAUAUAUAGCAGAGACUUGUCCAUCCCAAAUCAGAGGGACAUUAAUCUCUUUAAAGGAGCUGGCAAUAGUACUGGGUAUUUUGCUGGGUUAUUUUGUAGGUAGCUAUGAAAUUGAUGUCAUUGGAGGGUGGCGUUACAUGUUUGGAUUUAGUGCUCCAAUUGCUUUAUUGAUGGGGUUUGGCAUGUGGACUCUCCCACCAUCUCCCAGAUGGUUACUUCUGAGGGCAAUUCAAGGUAAAGGACCAUUGCAGGAAUACAAAGAGAAUGCUAUUGGAGCAUUGAGCAAACUGAGAGGCCGCCCUGCUGGCGAUAAAGUAUCUGAAAAACAAAUAGAAGAUACUAUUAUAUCAUUGAAAACUGCCUACACAGAUGAAGAAGCUGAAGGAAAUUUUCUCGAGGUAUUGCAAGGACCAAGUUUGAAAGCAUUUACAAUUGGAGGAGGUUUGGUCCUAUUUCAACAGAUAACUGGACAGCCAAGCGUUCUGUAUUAUGCUGGUUCAAUUCUUCAGAGUGCUGGUUUUUCUGCGGCUGCAGAUGCUGCUCGAGUUUCAGUCGUUAUUGGUAUAUUUAAGUCACUGAUGACAGCAGUCGCUGUCCUAAAAGCUGAUGAUCUUGGGAGAAGGCCAUUGUUGAUUGGAGGAGUCAGUGGGAUUGCCCUAUCAUUGUUUCUUCUUUCAGCUUAUUAUAAAUUUCUCGGCAGUUACCCUUUCGUUGCUGUUUCUGCUCUGCUUCUCUAUGUGGGAUGCUACCAGAUGUCUUUUGGGCCUAUUAGCUGGCUUAUGGUAUCAGAGAUUUUCCCACUCCGCACCAGAGGGAAGGGGAUAAGUCUAGCUGUUCUUACCAAUUUUGGUUCUAAUGCGAUAGUGACCUUUGCCUUUUCACCUCUAAAGGAGUUGCUUGGGGCAGAAAAUCUCUUCCUUCUAUUUGGAGUGAUUGCUUUGUUGUCACUUGUGUUUGUGGUCACCUCUGUUCCAGAGACUAAAGGCUUGACCUUGGAAGAGAUUGAGUCCAAAAUCUUGAAGUGAAGACAUAGUUUUGUGUCCUUGAGAUCACAAAUAGAAUAAUUAUCUCUUCUUUAAUGUAUAUCAAUUCUAUCAGAAUACAAUGCUUGAAAACUUGUAUCUAAUAUUGAUGACUUCGCAAUUCUGCUUCCGUUUGGGGAUUCUUCUUGUGCUACUCUAUAUAUAUUGUUUUUGUUGCCGCUC